AUGGAAGGGGGGUGGCCUUUGGAGGGGGGAGUCCUCCUCUGCCUCAUUGUCAGCCUUCUGCUUCCAGGAAGAGGCGAAGCUUUCACCAUCAACUGCUCUGGCUUUGACCAGUACGGGGUGGAUCCUGCUGCCUUCCAAGCAGUGUUUGACAGAAAGGCCUUCCGUCCAGUCAUCAACAACAGCAUCCCCACUCAUGUCAACAUCUCCUUCACCCUGUCUGCUAUCCUGGAAGUGAAUGCACAGCUUCAGCUUCUGACAUCAUUCCUGUGGAUGAAUUUGAUGUGGGACAAUCCUUUAAUCAGUUGGAACCCAGAAGAGUGCAUCAGCCUCAAAAGACUCACUGUCUCGGCUGAAAACCUGUGGAUCCCAGACAUCUUCAUCUUGGAAUCCAUGGAUGUGGAUCGAGCACCACCAGGUCUCACUGCCUUUGUCAACAGUGAAGGUCGAAUGAAGUACGACAGGCCAGUGCGGGUGACCAGCAUCUGUAACCUGGACAUCUUCUACUUUCCUUUCGACCAACAGAACUGCACGCUCACCUUCAGUUCCUUCCUCUACACAGUGGACAGCAUGCUUCUGGGCAUGGACAAGGAGGUGUGGGAGAUAACAGAUACAUCUCGUAACCUCAUCCAGACCCAGGGAGAGUGGGAGCUCCUGGGCAUCAACAAGGCCACCCCAAAGAUGUUGGUCGGCAGCAACCUAUAUGACCAGAUCACGUUCUAUGUGGCCAUCAGGCGCAGGCCCAGACUCUACGUCAUAAACCUCCUGGUGCCCAGCGGCUUUCUGGUUGUUAUCGACGCCCUCAGCUUCUAUCUGCCGGCAGAAAGCGAGACUCGUGCCCCAUUCAAGAUGACACUUCUGCUGGGCUACAACGUCUUCCUGCUCAUGAUGAAUGACUUACUCCCAGCCAGUGGCACCCCCCUCAUCAGUGUGUACUUUGCCCUGUGUCUGUCCCUGAUGGUGGUCAGCCUCCUGGAGACCAUCUUCAUCACCUACCUGCUGCAUCUGGCCACCACCCAGCCCCCACCCAUGCCUCGGUGGCUCCACUCUCUGCUUCUCUACUGGGCCAGCCCAAGGACAUGCUGCCCCACUGUGCCCCAGAAGGGAAAUAAGGGCCUGGGCCCCACCACCACCCACCUGCCUGGCGUGAAGGAGCCCGUGGAGUUGGUGGGGAAGGUGGCAGGUCCCAGAGAGGCAGAGUUAACUGGGAGCCCUGAGUCAAGGGCCCAGGAGGAACAAGAGGCUCAGAGGCAGCCCUUGGUCGACCUGUGGAUGCAGUUCAGCCACAUGAUGGACACCCUGCUCUUCCGCCUCUACCUGCUCUUCAUGGCCACCUCCGUGGUCACGGUCAUCAUCCUCUGGAACACCUAG